AUGGGGGCUCACGGCCGGGUGCCGCGACAAGUGCUUAAGGAUGCUUUUGGGGUGGUCAUUGGUGAAUUUGAGUCAUCGUUGGCAACGGUCGAGCUUCGCUUCUGUGUGAAGGACCCGUCACCGCCCAGGCUCGCUGCGCCAAUGAAACGCUGCUCGACCUCUCCGCGCCUUUCCCCCAAGGAUCUAGAUGCCCAGUUUGAUGGGGGUUCACCGUUCACGGCUGGGUGCCGCGACGAGUGCUUGAGGAUGCUUUUGGAGUUGUUGUUGGUGAAUUUGGACCCUCGCUGGAAACGGACGAGCUUCGCCCGCAAGGUGUUACACGAUUUUCCUGUAAAGGACCGCCGGCGCAAUGGAGAAGAAAACGGAGUUGACCAUGGAAAAACGGAUGUUCCUCAGGGUGCAUGGUUCAGCGGCGCAGUGCUGGAGUGGAUCAUGCGAAGGAGGUGGCAGCGGGGUCAUCCUGAUUGA